UACAACCCGAGUAGCCGACAGAUCCUUCACCAAUCACCAGCGAUCUGCCUGCACGUCUGAAUCCCCAGACUCGCCAUGUCGACGGUGACCCGUGCCUACCUCGACCAGAGGCUCGCCAUGGCCAAGCGCUGCUCCAGAGAGGCGACGCUCGCCGGAGCCAAGGCGGCGGCCGUCGCCACCGUCGCAUCUGCAGUCCCAACGCUGGCGAGCGUGCGGAUGCUGCCGUGGGCGAAGGCAAACCUGAACCCGACCGGCCAGGCUCUCAUCAUCUGCACGGUGGCCGGGAUGGCCUACUUCGUCGCCACCGACAAGAAGAUCCUCUCGCUGGCGAGGCGCCACUCCUUCGAGGAAGCGCCCGAGCACCUCAGGAACACGUCCUACCAGGGGGCCGCCCGCCCGCACCCGGCAUUCUUUAGGCCUUGAUCGUUGAGCAACAUCUUGAUCGCUAGUGAUGUGGCCCCGGCUCAAAUCUUCUCAGACAAAGUGUGUAACAGUACUUGGGCCAUUGUAAUGUAACUACCUCCAAAUAAUAAGCAUAGUGAAAUAUUUUGUGUUUCUGAA